GCCCUCACACUUUGGGCUCCUCGGGGAGGAGGGGCUGGAGCCCUGGCCCACCGUUAGCACAAUGAUCCUCAGGCUGCUUCUGGCUCUCAACUUCUUCCCCUCAAUUCAAGUAACAGAAAACAAGAUUUUGGUGAAGCAGUUGCCCAGGCUUGUGGUGUACAACAAUGAGGUCAACCUUAGCUGCAAGUAUACUCACAACCUCUUCUCAAAGGAGUUCCGGGCAUCCCUUUAUAAGGGAGUAGAUAGUGCUGUGGAAGUCUGCGUUGUGAAUGGAAAUUACUCCCAUCAGCCUCAGUUCUACUCAAGUACAGGAUUCGACUGUGAUGGGAAAUUGGGCAAUGAAACAGUGACAUUCUACCUCCGAAAUUUGUUUGUUAACCAAACGGAUAUUUACUUCUGCAAAAUUGAAGUCAUGUAUCCACCUCCUUACAUAGACAAUGAGAAGAGCAAUGGGACCAUUAUCCACGUGAAAGAGAAACAUCUUUGUCCAGCUCAGCUGUCUCCUGAAUCUUCCAAGCCAUUUUGGGCACUGGUGGUGGUUGGUGGAAUCCUAGGUUUCUAUAGCUUGCUAGCAACAGUGGCUCUUGGUGCUUGCUGGAUGAAGACCAAGAGGAGUAGGAUCCUUCAGAGUGACUAUAUGAACAUGACCCCCCGGAGGCCAGGGCCCACCCGAAGGCACUACCAACCCUACGCCCCAGCACGCGACUUUGCGGCAUACCGUUCCUGACAUGGACGCCUAUCCAGAUGCAAGCCGGCUGGCAGCGCUUCACCUGCUCAACACAACUGCUCUGGAUAGGAAAAAACUGCCUCGUCUUCAGCCGGCCACCAGCUCCCAUUAGGGGCUCCUAUUAGGCCAACGAUGCCAAUGUUUCUUGAAUGACUAGACCAAAUAACAUUAUUUUGAGGCUCUGAAAUGAAGUUAAAGAAUAUUGCUGUGGCAGGCUCUAUCUUGUAGUGCCAUGACCCAAAUUUCAACUUACCAUGUAUUUAUUGACUUGAUCAAGAGGUUACAGUAGAGAACAAAAAGCCAGUGGAUUCUGUUAGCCUUGAAAUCUGUUUUCCAUUUCACUUCUUUUUCAUCUCACUCACCUGAACACUGUGGCCAAGUGGAGUGUCAUAUGGAAGGACUUUUUAGAUGGAGAAGAAAGGUUACAAAACCAUUCCUUUUGGUUAAAGAGGGGUUUAGGGUGGGGGUAGGUAAGGGUGGGGGAGGGGGGGAGACUUCAUAUUUUUAAAAUCAUUAAAACACUGUCUCUCAUUCAUGAAAUGAGCCACUAGUUCCUAUUUAAUACUUUUGGUUAAGAAAGAUAUAGACAUUGUAUUUUUUGUUUUUUUGUUUUUUUGUUUUUUGAAUUCUGGUCAUAUUUAGUCCUUUGGACCAGUGGAAUACCUUCAAAGCAAUUUGAAGCAGUCUUGCUCUUCUUACUCCCUGCAAUGGGAAUUCAAUGUAGUAUUGACAAUAUGAUUUGAAAAGAAUAAAGCAGUCCCCCCAAACCAC